GCGCACUGGGUGGAGUUGGCCUCCUGGUGGAGUUUGGAGUUCUCGUGGAGGCGGACUCACAAAGACUCUCUCUCUCUCUCUCUCUCUCACACACACACGGACACACACGGACACACACACACACACACUUCCUCCAGCAGCAGUCGGGACAGAAACGCCACCCGUCGCUGCGUGUUCUUCAGCGCUUCUGCUCGGGCUCCGUCGGUGACCGGAUACUUACCGGAGACUUCGUUCUUCGGGACAGAAGUUGGGGAGAAGCUCUCUUCUUUCUCCUCCCGGUUCCCCUCCCGGCUCUCCUCCCGGCUCUCCUCCCGGCCCUCCUCCCGGUUCCUCAAGGAGCCGCCUGCCCCCAACAUGCGCAGCUUGGCCCGGGCCCUGGUGGCCUGCUGCUGGCUGGCCGGGCUCGUCCGCGCCGCCAUGGACGAGUGCGCGGACGAGCAGCGGCGCGCACAGCGCUGCAUGCCCGAGUUCGUGAACGCCGCCUUCAACGUCACGGUGGUGGCGACCAACACCUGCGGCGCCCCCCCGGAGGAGUACUGCGUGCAGACCGGCGCCACCGGGGUCACCAAGUCGUGCCACAUCUGCAACGCGCGGGACCCCCGGUUCCACCACAGCGCCGCGUACCUGACGGACUACAACAACCAGCAGGACACCACCUGGUGGCAGAGCCAGACCAUGCUGGCGGGGAUCCAGUACCCCAACUCCAUCAACCUGACGCUGCACCUCGGUAAAUCCUUCGACAUCACCUACGUGCGGCUCAAGUUCCACACCAGCCGCCCGGAGAGCUUCGCCAUCUACAAGCGGACCAGCGAGUCGGGCCCCUGGGUGCCCUACCAGUACUACAGCGGCUCCUGUGUGAAGACCUACCAGAAGGCCGGCCGCGGCUUCAUCCGCACCGGAGAGGACGAGCAGCAGGCGCUCUGCACCGACGAGUUCAGCGACAUCUCGCCGCUCACCGGGGGCAACGUGGCCUUCUCCACGCUGGAGGGACGGCCCAGCGCCUACAACUUCGACAACAGCCCCGUCCUCCAGGACUGGGUGACAGCCACCGACAUCCGGGUGACCCUCAACCGACUCAACACGUUCGGAGACGAGGUUUUCAACGACCCCAAGGUCCUCAAGUCCUACUACUACGCCAUCUCCGACUUCGCCGUGGGGGGGAGGUGUAAGUGUAACGGCCACGCCAGCGAGUGCUUAAAGAACAGCGGAGGACGGCUGGUGUGUAACUGCAAACACAACACGGACGGAGACGACUGCAACGUCUGCAAAGCUUUCUACAACGACCGGCCCUGGAGGAGAGCCACCGCCGACAACCCCAACGACUGUCUGCCCUGCGACUGUAACGGGAAGAGCUCCGAGUGCUACUUUGACGGCGAGCUGUACCGGGCCACGGGUCACGGAGGUCACUGCAUCAACUGCGCCGACAACACGGACGGGCCCAACUGCGAGCGCUGCCUGGACCACUACCACCGGGAGGCCGGGGGGAGCCGCUGCCGGCCCUGCGGCUGCAACUCCGUCGGCUCGGAGUCUCCUCAGUGUGACGACAGAGGAGUGUGUGCGUGUAAACCCGGAGUCACCGGAGAGAAGUGUGACCGCUGCCAGCCGGGGUUCCACAGCCUGACCGAGGCCGGCUGCAGGCCUUGCUCCUGUUCCCCCUCUGGCAGCACUCAGGAGUGUGAUGUGAACACAGGACAGUGUCGCUGCAAAGAGCACGUGGAGGGCUUCACCUGCGACAGGUGUAAACUGGGUUUCUUCAACCUGGAUCCCACCAACCCUCAGGGCUGCACCCCCUGCUUCUGCUUCCAGCACUCGUCUGUGUGUGACAGCGCCGAGGGCUUCAGCGUGCACGCCGUCAGCUCCUCCUUCCCCAGGGAUGAUGAGCAGUGGACCGGACAGCAGCGCGAUGGUUCCAGUGUCUCCGUCCAGUGGUCUCCUAGUGGACAGGAAGUGUCCCUCAUCUCAGAGGACUACUUUCCCAUGUACUUUGUUGCCCCAGAGAAGUUUCUGGGGAACCAGAUGCUCAGUUACGGACAGAACCUGAGUCUGAGCUUCCGGGUGGACCGGCGGGACACCCGCCUGUCGGCGGAGGACCUGGUGCUGGAGGGGGCCGGCCUCCGGGUGGCGGUGCCCCUCAUCGCCCAGGGCAACGCCUACCCCAACGAGAACAUGCAGACAUACGUCUUCAGGCUUCACGACACCACAGACUAUCCCUGGAGGCCGACCAUCAGCUCCCCCGACUUCCAGAAGCUCCUCCACAACCUGACCGCCAUCAAGAUCCGUGGGACCUACAGCGAGAGGAGUGCCGGUUACCUUGACGACGUCUCCUUGGUAACGGCCAGGCGGGCCCCAGGUGUACCGGCCCGCUGGGUUGAGCGCUGCACCUGUCCUCAGGGUUACCAGGGGCAACACUGUGAGCAGUGCACCCUGGGAUACCGACGCGCUCGACAGGAGCUGGGAGCUUUCAGCCCGUGUGAGCCGUGCAACUGUAACGGACACAGCGAGGCCUGCGACCCCGACACGGGGGCGUGCGACUGUCGUGACAACACAGCCGGCCUCAGCUGUGAGCGCUGCAAAGACGGUUUCUAUGGCGACGCCACCGGCGGGUCGUCUGGAGACUGUGAGCCGUGUCCCUGUCCCGCCGGGGCCACCUGCGCUGUGGUCCCCAAGACCCGGGAGGUGGUCUGCACCAAUUGCCCCGCAGGAACCACAGGGAAGCGCUGCGAGCUCUGCGACGACGGGUUCUUCGGAGACCCCCUGGGGGGCGGCGGGCCGGUCCGAGCCUGCCGCGCCUGCAAGUGCAGCGACAACAUCGACCCCAACGCCGUCGGCAACUGCGACCGCGAGACCGGCGAGUGCCUGAAGUGCAUCCACAGCACCGCCGGCUUCUUCUGCGACCGCUGCAAGGAGGGUUACUACGGCAACGCCCUGGCCGCUAACGCCGCAGACAAGUGCAAACCCUGCUCCUGCUCUCCGUCCGGUACCGUUGGGGGACAGACGAACUGCUCUCAGGUCACCGGUCAGUGUGAGUGUCUCCCCAACGUGGCGCAGAGGGACUGCGGCGUCUGUCAGCCCGGCUUCUUCAACCUGCAGAGCGCCGCCGGCUGUGAACGGUGCAACUGCGACCCUAUUGGCUCCACCAGCGGGCAGUGUGACAUCACCUCGGGGCAGUGCGAGUGCCAGCCCGGCGUCUCGGGUCGGCUCUGCCAGCGCUGCGAGGUCAACUUCUUCGGCUUCAGCUCGUCGGGAUGCAAACCCUGCGACUGCGACCCCGAGGGCUCCCGGUCCGGUCAGUGCGAGGAGGACGGGCGCUGUGGGUGCCGGCCCGGCUUCGUGGGCGCUCGCUGCGACAUGUGUGAGGAGAACUACUUCUACAACCGCUCGGCGCCGGGCUGCCAGCAGUGUCCCUCCUGCUACGGCCUGGUCAGGGACAAGGUGAACCAGCAGAGGCAGAAGCUCCAGGACCUGCAGACCCUCAUCGACAACCUGGGCUCAGGGGACGGCUCGGUCAGCGACGAGGCCUUCGAGGACCGGCUGAAGGAGGCAGAGAGGUCCAUCAUGGAGCUUCUGAAGGAGGCUGAGGCCAGCAAAGACGUGGACCGCGGCCUGCUGGACCGCCUGAGCGGCAUCAACAACACGCUGACGACGCAGUGGAACCGGCUGCAGAACAUCCGCGGCACGGUGGACGACACGGGGACGCAGGCGGACCGCGCACGCCACCGCGUCCGGGAGGCCGAGGGCCUGAUCGAGCGAGCCCGCCAGGAGCUGGACAAGGCCCGGGACGCGCUCGGCAAAGUGGACAUCAAACCGCCGAGCGGCACGGGGGACCCGAACAACAUGACGCUGCUGGCCGAGGAGGCCAGGACGCUGGCCGACAAGCACAAGAUGGACGCCGACCAGAUCGAGAAGAUCGCCAGAGACGCCAACGACACGUCGACCAAAGCGCACAACCUGCUGCUGAGGACUCUGGAAGGAGAGAGCAGGACGAGUCAGGAGGUGGACGAGCUCAACAAGAAGUACAACGAGGCCAAGGAGCUGGCCAAGAACCUGGAGAAGCAGGCCAACAAGGUCCAGGCCGAGGCCCAGGACGCCGGGGACAAAGCCCUGAAGAUCUUUGCCAACCUGACCAGCGUCCCCUCGUUUGACACCAAAGCUCUAGAGGAUGAAGCGGGUAAGAUCAAGAAGGAGGCGUCGGACCUGGACAAGCUCAUCGACAAGACGGAGAAGGAGUACAACGACCUGAGAGACGACCUGAGGGGGAAGGAGCAGGAAGUGCGCAAGCUGCUGGAAAAAGGGAGGAGCGAGCAGCAGACUGCAGACCAGCUUCUGGCCCGAGCCGACGCCGCCAAAGCUCUGGCUGAGGAAGCGGCGAAGAAAGGACAGUCCACCUUCAGAGAGGCCGAGAAUAUCCUGGAGGACCUCAGAGACUUCGACAAGCGGGUCAACGACAACAAGACGGCGGCCGAGGAGGCCCUGAAGAAGAUCCCCGCCAUCAACGCCACCAUCGCGGCAGCCAAUGAGAAGACGCGGCAGGCGGAGGCAGCUCUCGGCAACGCGGCCGCCGACGCCCGAGAUGCAAAGAGCAAGGCGGAGGAGGCGGAGAGGAUCGCCGCCACCGUGCAGAAGGGCUCGGCCAAGACCAAGGAGGACGCGGAGAAGGCCUUCCAGGACACCAGCAAGUUGGACGCAGACGUGGGGGACGUGAUGGUCCAGCUGGACGCCGCCGAGCAGGAGCUGGCCAGGAAGAAGGCGGAGGCCGACCAGGACAUGAUGAUGGCGGGAAUGGCGUCCGACAACGCCAAGGAGGCCGAGGACAACGCCCGUAAGGCCAAGAGCGCCGUGAAGACGGUGCUGAGCACCAUCACCGUCCUGCUGGACCAGCUGGGAAACAUCGACAAGGUGGACCUGAGCAAGCUGAACCAGAUCGACGAGUCCCUGAAGCGGGCCAAGGGGAAGAUGGGCGACAGCGAGCUGGACAGGAAGCUGACGGAGCUGAACGAGGUGGCGAGGAGUCAGGAGGUUCUGAUCGACGACUACGACCGGCAGAUCCGAGAGAUCCGCGCCGACAUCCUGAACCUCAACGACAUCAAGAACACGCUGCCCGACGGCUGCUUCAACACGCCCAUCCUGGAGCGGCCUUAGCUCCGCCCCCUCCAUCACUCCCCACGCCCCCCCCACGCCCAACACUCCGGCAAACACGCCGACUUUUACCAAAACGGUUUUUAAACACGCUUUGUUUUGUCCUCAGAUUUCACGUCUUUUUUAUUUUUAUCGGAAGAGAAGCAGCUGUUUUUUUUGUUUUUUUGCUGGUCGCGGAAGCACAAACUAAAGGAGAGCUGGAAGAGAACCAGAACCACAGACCCAACGCGACUGCACCGCCUUGUCUUCACCAACCGGACGUGUCCGCCCCAAUUACCCAUCAUGCCCAGGGACACGCCCGUGCUCCUUCUUUUCUUUUUCGUCUUCUUUUAUGAAAUGUUUAAAUCGAAAUGUUUGAAUCAAGAAACCACACAGUGAAGGAAUCCUCCUCAACAGUAUUCUCUCCUCCAAUGGGAUGUGUCGCUGAGCUAAGCCACGCCCACCUCGGAAGCCUCUGGAGUCCAGGAAAGAUGUGGAAUCUGUAUCUUGUUCCCAAAGGACUUGGAUCUGAAGUUGAAGUUGGAUCUGGUUCCCGAUCCGAGAACCUUGACGUUCGGGUCUCUGUCUCGGGUUUAAAGUCCUUAUCGUCCGGGCUCUUGGUAUUAAGCUGCGUGUGCAGGAUCUGGAUCAUUUGGGGACAAAAUACAAACGCGCAGAGCGGACGAACUGGCGGCGCCGCCUCGAGGCGGCGCUGUUCGUUCCCGCUCUUCAUCCCGGGCUAAAAUCCCACGCUAUGCAACUUUGUACAUUUGCGUAGCGAGAGUUUUGAUCUGAUACACUGGUGCUAAUAAUUAUUUCAAAUGUUAUAUUUUUGUGUGAAUGUUUUUUUUAUCGUGACACAGAGUGAGUUUUUUUUUCUUUUUGUUAUUUGUGUAAAUAUAUGGUUAAAAUAAUUUUUCUUUUAAGAAAUAAAACUCCGACGCGUCAAAAGCUUUGAUCGCGAUCAAUCAACGGAGACCAGGUAAAAUAUAUAUUAACGAGUAUCUACGAUAACGUGUGCUACGUUGUGCUAGCUUGUGCUACGUUGUGCUACAUUGUGCUAGCUUGUGCUACGUUGUGCUAUCUUGUGCUACGUUUUGCUAUCUUGUGCUACGAUGUGCUAUCUUGUGCUACGUUGUGCUAGCUUGUGCUACGUUGUGCUACGCUAGCUUGUGUACGAGGCUCGUGGUGACAGUUGGUCUCUUUUGUGCCUUAACGCGAGUGUCGAGUUAACAUCAGGUGAUCGAUGACAUCAGAGGAGAGGUUACCGGGACGACGGGACUGUUCUUUUCCCUCCAUGACAAUCGCUCUGCAGGACGUUGCACACACACACACACACAGAUGUAUGAACAGUAUUUUAAGUAAUAAUGUAACCGUUGUUUGUAUCCUAACCGUGUUGUCUGAGACGUCUUUGUUCCUGCAGGACGCCGUCUCUGUUGUUUUUAUUCUGUUGUCACGGCAACGCGGCGGCCCUGUGAGGACCCGAGUGUUUGAUCCCUCGUGCCUGUAAACCCAGACCUAACAUUUGAAUAAUAAAAGAUUACUACUGGA